UGUUCCUUUCUCUGGGAUUUUUAUAUAAAUAGACAUGAGAAAAAUAAUUAUGCUACAUUAUAAGAAUGAGAUAGACUUUCCACAAGUGUCACAUGUAAUCCUCAAUAACAUGAGUAAAAUACGGAUGUGAAUGCUCUGGGUCUCAAUUUACUAACGUUACAGUACAGACCUUCCACUGUUUGUAGGCCCCAAUGUUAAGUCUUUGUGUCUAGCUAAUGGACAGUCAACGCAUACCAGAUGAUGAUGAUUAAAGUUUGUUGAUUGAAGCGACAUCUGCUUUUGAGCUGUUCCUCUUUCAAAAUGCAGUUCAAGAGCUACAUCAAGAUUUUGAUCUAAAUAUUACAAACUUGUCUUCUCAAACAUUCAACUUUAUAGAGUUACACAUGUAAACACUCAGCUAAUUGAAAAUGAAACAUGAAACAAGUGAUGGAGGUACUUUGUACGUUUGGUGGAAUGCAGAUGGUUCCUAUCUAUGUUUCAAAAUACAGAGCAGCGCUGCCCAAGAGGAAGUCUAGUAUUGUGGUUUCCAUAUAUCUCUAAAAGUCCAAACAUAAUCUCAUGAUCUACAGUAUCACAAAGACCAUCUCUUGCUUUGGAGGAAACUGCUGGUAGGUCCAUUCUCCUUUCAAAUAGAGCUAGAAAGCAGGUAUGAAGGUACGUGUUCAGGUACACUUCUGCUAGAAGUUUGUUUUAUGCCUUUUGAUUAAUGGGUAUUUAUCAGCAUUUUAUGGAUGUACAUGUACCUUGAAGCUGCCAAAGGGGUGUUAAAGGACUUGGUAUUUAAGUAUUACAAAACAUAAUGUUUAAAAUGCCAUUAUGAGGCUCAUUGUUGUAAAAUAAUGGAUCCCUAUCUCAAUGAAACAAGACAUGCUGGUUUAUAAUGACAAAUUAAGUUGUCAGUCUUUAUAGUCAUGGGUUACACGACCUGAAGUGCAGAAUAAAGUAUUUAGUGCCAUCUAGUGGUUGAACAUUUACAGGGUCAACUCACCCAUGUUACACAAAUCAUACUGACACCAAGGAAUGCUUUUAGCUUUUGUUUUCUUUUAAUACAAAUAAAUGUCGAUAUAUGCAAAAAAUGAUGGUAUGUAGUACCUCAGGCCAGAAUGUCAGGAUUACUAUAUCCUAAAAUAUCCUGAAUAAAUUAGACCAGAAGCUGCGUACCAGCUUGGACAAGAAGGAAGUAGCCUGAGUUAAGAUGGAAGAAUCAAAUCAGGGUAUUACAUGUCAUCUAACAAAUAGACAGCAAAGCAGAUCCAAAAGAUGAUUAGAUCAGAUUUCUCGCCACUUCUCCAGCUCUUCAUCCCACGCAUCCUGCGCGUGAGGCCUUGGCUCCAACCCCAAUCAGGGCUGGUCCUUCAGCAUGUUGCGCGCAUGCGCAACGUGCGUAAUGCCAUGUUUUGAUGUUGUAAUCUGUCAAUGAUUGCGUCCAUAAAGCAACUGGUCUUUUUUACUACAAGGAAACUAUUCAGACCAUUUUAUAAUAGUUUUUUUUUCUCCAUUUUCUACUACUGUAGUGACACUUUUUUACGCUCUUUUUUAAAAACUCGCUUCUUAAAAAUGUUCCUCCACUCCAUUAAGAACUUAAACAUCAAUUUUAACGAUGUAAAAUGGACGGGUAGGUUCUCCAGUGGUGACCUGAUAACGGGACACGUCUCCUUCGACCUCUCAAAGGAGACGAACAUCACUUUGAUAGAGGUGGCAAUGGCAGGGAAGGCGAACGUCCACUGGUCCACGGGGGGAGGCGGGGGUGGGAAGCGAAGAAGAAAUCGGAGACACUACGCGGCGAAACUGGACUUCUUCAACUUCAAGAGCGUGAUCGUGCAGCGGAACAGCGCCACAGGAGGGGCGGCCAAACUGCAGCCGGGCACGCACGUGUAUCCGUUUACCUGUCAGCUCCCACACGGAGACUUCCCAUCCACCUUCCAUGGAGUUUGUGGACAAAUACUGUACACCCUGACAGUGAGCAUCCACAGGCCGUGGCAUAUGACCAAGGAUUUUGUGACAGAGUUGAACUUUGUCAACCGCAUUAAUACAAAUCAGCCACAGUUGCAGGCUCCUCUCUCGGGCUCCAACUCCAUGACGCUGUGCUGCCUCUGGUGUGUCUCUGGUCCCAUCGCCAUGACAGUCAGUGUAGAGAAGAAAGCUUUCAUCCCUGGUGAAACUGUGAAAGUCAUUUGCGACUUCAGCAACGCUUCCUCUCGAACCGCUACUCCCAAGGUGGUGCUGCAGCAGAAACAGAUUUGCUACGCCAACAACAAGCGCAACAAGAGAAUGGUUGUCAAAAACCUAGUGUGUGUCACCGGUCAGCCCGUCGUUGCUCACGCCUCCGACGUUCACGCUAGGAUCCUGCUCCCUGUUCCCGUGUUAGCAUCGCUCACCAUUUCCAACUGCAGCAUCAUCGACGUGGACUACUUUAUUGAGGUGAGCCUCAGUGUGAGAGCGGCAUACGACCUCACGGUGCUGUUUCCCAUCAUUGUGUGUGACGCCCUUGUUAAUGCUCAACCUCUUCUUUAUUUGCACAAGGUGGAGGAUGAAACAUUUCCGUAUUCAAAGUCACGUUGAAAUCCCGUAAGAA